AUGGCGACGACCCGCAGCUUCCAGCUUCCCCAGCGCGCGAUCUUUUCGGAGGCCGACAUGCGCCAGUUCCUUGCAUCGGAUGCCUAUGAGCGCCACCUUGUCUUCAUCAAGCACCUCAAUGAGAGCGUUCGCGGAAAGAAGCUCUCGGACGAGUACACCAUGUCGCCCAACAUCGAGGCGCUCUGUGGCCUCCUUGCGACGCUUAACUCUUGGAUCGAUGAGAUUCCGCCCAUUGACCAGCCCAUGCGCUUUGGCAACAAGGCGUUCCGUGACUGGUACGAUCGGCUCGCGCAGGAAGCACCGAAGCUCCAUGAGUCCCUUCUCGCUUCGAUUGGUAUGCAAGACGCCGCGAUCGAGCUCAGCCCCUACCUCAUUGACAGCUUUGGGAACCGGACGCGCAUCGACUAUGGCACUGGCCACGAAACGACGUUUAUGCUCUGGAUUUGCGCCCUGCACAAGAUUGGGUUUGUUUCCCAGGCAGACUUCCCCGCUGUCGUCUUGAAGGUCUUCCACACGUACCUAACGCUCAUGCGCCGGCUCCAAAAGACGUACAUGUUGGAGCCCGCAGGCUCCCACGGUGUCUGGGGUCUCGACGACUACCAAUGUUUGCCCUUCUACUUUGGCUCGUCCCAGCUCAUUGGUCAGCGCACCCUCGCGCCGUCGGUUGUCCACGACGAUGGUCUUCUCGCAGCGCACAGUCCCGAUUACUUGUACCUGGACGCGGUCAAGUUUGUGCGCGAGGUCAAGGCUGCGUCGGCCUUCGCCGAAACGUCGCCGAUGCUCAACGACAUUAGCGGCGUACACUCGUGGGAAAAGAUCAACUCUGGGAUGCUCAAGCUCUACGAAGGUGAGGUGCUGAAGAAGCUGCCCGUGAUCCAACACAUGCUCUUCGGGUCGCUCAUCCCAUGCUCGUGGGUGCCGUCGCAAUCUGGCGAUGCCUCGUACACACCCGUGAGCACGACAGCGGUGCGUGCUGCAAACGCCAAUUGGAAUGCGAUGGGCAAGGCGCCGUGGGCCUCAGCGAAUCUCGGCGCGACGACGGCCACUAGUCGCCAGCACGACGACCAGACACAACUUUGA